AUGCUCCAGAACACCAACAGCAAUGAGGUGGCGGACAUCAUCAUAGACGAGAGCCCGGCACCGAUGGAGGUCGAGGAGUUGUCCAACGUCCGCGAUGCCGAGGCGUUCGCUGCCAAGGCCAUGCCUGACCUCGGUCUCGAGAUUGAGGACUUCCAGUCCCAGACGUGGCGGCUUGACAAGUGGAGUCAACAGGAUCGGCGCAAGCAGGGACCAGAGUUCUCGUGUGGCGGGCACAAGUGGCGCAUCCUCCUCUUCCCCCAGGGCAACGCCAACGGCCAGCCCAACGACAUGGUCUCGGUCUACCUCGAAUAUGCCAACCCCAAGGGAGCGCCUGAAGGCUGGCAUGCUUGCGCUCAGUUCUGUCUCGCCAUCUCGAAUGUCAAUGACCCAACCCUUCACAUUUCUAGCCAUGCCCACCACCGCUUUGUCGCUGAGGAGUGUGAUUGGGGUUUCACUCGCUUUGCCGAGUUGCGCAAGCUGUACAGUCCCGACCCUGCGAGCGGCCGCACCCGUCCUAUCAUUGAGAACGAUGAAGUCGAGAUCACGGCCUUUGUUCGCGUCUUGAAGGACCCAACAGGCGUACUUUGGCACAACUUUGUCAAUUAUGACUCGAAGAAGGAGACUGGUCACGUCGGACUGCGGAACCAGGGCGCGACGUGCUACAUGAACUCGCUCCUCCAGUCGCUCUACUGCACAAACUACUUCCGCAAGGCCGUCUAUCAAAUACCCACGGAGAAGAAGGACAUCCCUUCUGAAAACUUAUCACUUGCGCUCCAGCGCGUCUUCUACCACUUACAGACCUCGAACCAGCCGGUCAGCACGACCGAGCUCACAAAGUCGUUUGGCUGGAAGUCGCUCGACUCGUUCAUGCAGCAUGACGUGCAGGAGUUCAGCCGCAUUCUCCAGGACAGGCUCGAGGAGAAGAUGAAGGGUACGCCGGCAGAGGGCGCGAUUCCCAAGCUCUUCAAGGGCCAGAUGAAGAACUACAUCAAGUGCAUGAACGUCGACUACGAGUCGAGUGUCACAGAAGACUUCUACGAUGUCCAGCUUACCAUCAAGGGCAUCAAGAACCUCCGCGAUUCGUUCAAGGACUACGUGUCGGUAGAGACGCUUGACGGCGACAAUAAGUACAUGGCUGAAGGUUACGGCCUGCAGGACGCCAAGAAGGGUGUCAUCUUCAAGUCGUUCCCUCCUGUGCUGCACCUCCAGCUCCGCCGCUUCGAGUACGACGUUGAGAAGGACGCCCUCGCGAAGAUCAACGAUCGCCACGAGUUCCCCUUCGAGAUCGACUUGGCAGAGUUCCUCGAUGAGUCGGCCGACCGCUCCGUCUCCCACGUGUACAAGCUCCACGGCGUCCUUGUGCACUCUGGAGACCUUCACGGCGGGCACUACUUUGCGCUCAUCAAGCCAGAGGCCGAUGGCCGCUGGUUCAAAUUCGACGACGACCGCGUCACCCCUGUUACGGACAAGGAGGUCCUUGAGGACAACUACGGCGGCGACCUUGUCAACGGCAUGAUGCCGGCGCCUCAGCGCACACAAGCCCGCACGUUGAAGAAGUUCACCAAUGCCUACAUGCUGGUGUACAUCCGUGAGACCGAGCUUGGCACCGUAUUGGCGCCUUUCACCGAGGAUGACACGCCUCGCCACCUGAAGGAGCGUCUCGAUCUCGAGCGUGAGCAGAUGGAGGCCAAGAAGCGCGAAAAGGACGAGCAGCACCUCUACUUGACUGCCAAUAUCAUCACAGAUGACAUAUUCAGCCGGCACGAGGGCUUCGACUUGGCGUCGUUUGACGACAAGAACAUGCCCGCCACCGAGCUGCCGACGUUCCGUGUCCUCAAGGACGAGACGUACGCCAAGUUCAAGCAGCGCAUCGCUACGCACUUUAAGAUCGCGGAACGCGAUUUCCGCCUCUGGGUGCUGGUGAAUCGCCGGAACCAGACCAUCCGGCCAGACGUCCCCAUUCAGGAGAGCGACCACCCGCAGACGAUGGACUUUAUCCGCAACAACAUGGCUGUGCGUUCCAAUGACUUGAGAUUGUACCUCGACUACAACCCCGACCACGCCAAGUUUGCGGCGCAGCACGCCAACCCGCACAGCCAGCCCAUCAUGAUCUUCCUCAAGUGGUUUGACUGUUCGAAGCAGAACCUGUUUGGCCAGGGCAAGGUCUUUGUCGACAAGAAUGACAAGGCGUCUGUGCUCUUCAACAUCAUCCAGGAGAGAAUGGGAUGGCCUUCCUCGACGCCUAUCAAGCUGUACGAGGAGAUCAAGGCGGGCAUGAUCGAGUCGAUGAAGGUCACCAAGACGUUCUUGCAGAACGAGAUCCAGGACGGCGACGUCAUUACGUUCCAGGUCGAGAAGACUCAGAAGGAGAUCGACGACCUGGAGGCUCAGUCGCUCUACUCGAGCGUUCCCCAGUUUUAUGACUUCCUGCAGAACCGCGUGCGCGUCAAGUUCCACCCGCGGUAUGAGGACGCGCCCAGCAACCAGCCUGACUUUGAGCUCAUUUUGAGCAAGAAGAUGACGUACGAGGUGAUGGCUACGCGGGUCGGCGACUACCUCAAGCACGACCCGCUCAAGCUGCGCUUCACGUCUUCAAACCCCACGAAUGGCCACCCCAAGGCCAUUGUCAAGCGCUCCUUGAACCAGAGCGUGGCGGACAUCACCCAGACCAGCUACUACAGCCCCCAGCCCAAAGUCGUGCUCUACUACGAGCUGCUCGACAUCUCGAUCAUCGAGCUCGAAACGAAGAAGUCGCUCACGCUGUACUGGAUGGGGCGAUACAACAAGGAGGAGGCCGCGCCCACGUUCUUAUUGCCGAAGACCAACACGUUCGAUCACGUCGUCGAAAACCUGCUGCGUACCGUUAAGCUGCAGCCUGGUGGGUCGGGCAAGAUCCGUGUGUUCGACAUCUCGAGCAACGGGCGUGCGCAGCGCGAAUACACUGGCAGCGAGAUGAUUGGCAACCUGCCCGAGCCGACCGAGCUGUACGCCGAGGAGAUCCCUCUCGAGGAGCUCAACGCGGGCGACAAUACCAAGAUUGUGAACCUGUUCCACUACUCGCGCGACCUGAGCAAGACGCACGGUGUACCUUGCCGCUUUGUGGUGCGCGCGGGCGAGCCAUUCUCGGAGACCAAGAAGCGGAUACAGGAGCGUGUCGGCGUGUCGGACAAGGAGUUUGCCAAGUACAAGAUCAUGCUUGCUCCAACUCAGCCGUACUCGCAGCCAUCGGUGAUUGAGGAGAACGACAUUCUGUUCGCGCACACGUGGUCGCCUGACGACGCAAUUGGGCUGGACCACCUUGACAAGCGGCCCAACAAGUCGAACGUCGAGAAGGGCAUUGUCAUGCGGUAA